GGGACAAAAGAUUUUGUAUGGCGCCAAUCUAGGAUAUGUCCUGUUAAUCGAGCUUGGUUAUGUGGUUCGUACACGUAGGAAAAAUUUCGCGGUUUUAGUUUUUUCGUUAAAUUAGGUAUUCUACACUUUAUUAAAGUUGAUCAAUUUCAUACGUAACAUCAUUAAAAGACUGUAUAUUGAAAAUGUCAAACCACAGUACAAAAUCCGACGACAAACGUUCUUUACAAUCAACUGAAAACUUUAAAGAAUACGACGUUGAAAAACUGAACUCCGUAGGACACAAUUCUGAAGGAGAAUAUGCCGAAACGUCUAAACUUUCCUUCCAGGACCUACUACGAAUCCACCACAAGCAAACCGUUUGGGGUUUCCAAUUCGGUAAAGAAGCCAGAGAGAGUAGUUUAGCUAGAGACAAAAAUAAAAAUAAAGAUGCCGAUUGGGAAAAAUGUGACGAAACGCAGACUGUUGUGGAUAGUGACACAGCUAGCACGAGUAGCUGUAAAAGUAUUACUGAAAAGGAUCACAAGACACCUCACAGUAGGAAGAGAACUGGUGUCCGAAGGACUGGAAAAAGGAAAAAUAGUUCAAAGGCCACGAAUGAUUUUGUUUCACCACAGAAAACCAGGAAGGCACCGUUACCUUUGAUGGAUUGGGCAGAUUCCAAGGAGGUAUGGUUAUAUAUGGUUUACAAAGAAGAAGCUUCGUUGAAUCUACGGAAUCCCCGACUUUUCGAAGACUUUUCGAACUUCAUGCCGCGCAUGCGCGCCAUAUUAUUAGACUGGGUGAUGGAAGUAUGCGAGGUUUAUCAUUUACGUAGAGUUACAUAUUACCUGUGCGUAGAUUACUUCGAUAGAUUUCUUUCCAUACGGCCGGACGUACCGAAAAAUCAAUUACAAUUAGUCGGCGUGACAUGUUUAUUUUUGGCGUCGAAAUUGGAGGAAGUCUACCCGCCGAGAUUAUCCGAAUUUUCUUACGUGUGCGACGGAGCUUGCAGUCCGGACGAAAUUCUGGCUUGCGAAUUAUUAAUUUUGAAUAGUUUAGGUUGGGAUUUGAACAUAAUGACGCCGAGCGACUGGUUGAAUCUUUAUAUGCAGAUACAUUUCCAAGUGGGAAAUGUAACCAGACAGAAGUUACACGUCGAUAUGAAUAGACAGUUCUUUUUCCCCCAAUAUUCCGGCUAUCAAUUUACCAGAGCUUCGCAAUUAUUGGAUAUGUUGAGUUUGGAUCCGGGAUUUUUGAAAUUUAGCUAUAGUACGAUAGCUGCAGCCGCUAUGUAUUUUAUGUACGGUAAAACUGUGGCGUUGAAUACUUCGGGUUUGUCGUGGACGCAGCUGCAACCUUGCGCCGAAUAUAUGGCGGUGUUUUAUCAUGUCAUAAGGGACAGUCCUGAUCCGAGGUUGCAAAGUUGUAAAGGAGAUAACGCAGUCGAUGAACCAGCAACUAAUUCCUUGGAUAGUAUCAGGCAUAAUGUAAAAAAUUUGGUGAAAGACGAAAACCAUUCGCUCCAAACGCACGUAGUAAACAUGGAAUACUUCGAAAAAUCGGCGAUAAUACGCCUUGAACAAAUGGGUUUAAAAGUAGAAAGGACUUAUGUGAAAAAGAAGAAAGAUAAAACGUCGAGUUCGAUUUGCGAAGAAAAUAGCAAAGAAAACGAAAUAGACGAUCCACAAAAUUAUUUAUGCAUGUACGAAUUGGAAAAAUUAAGUUGCGAAGCGGAACUUUUAAGCGACGAAGAAUUAUCUAUAACGCCGCCACAUACUUCGGACGCGAAUUUGAUUUUGCCCGAAGAGAACAAAGCAGUUUUAAGUUUCGAUGAAAUUUUGGAAGGUAUCGUUAAAUGUAAUAAAAAAAAUAUACCUCUACAGGAAUUAGAUAGUAAUUUAGAGAAUAUUAGAGAGAGCGGUUCGGAUUAGACUUAUAUUUAAGUUUUAUUUUAAUUUGAGCUUUGGACGAAUUUGAGAGUUUCUAUAAUAUGAUGGUAAAAUUUUCCGCUGCAACCCCUCUUUUCACUUGGGAAACAAGGGGUUAUCGUGAUCAUUAUCAUCCACAUCGAUACGGAUUGGAGAAUAUUCGUCUUCUUCAAUUUGGCGUGACGUGGGUGCGAUCGCCCUCAGUAAAACAUUGAAAUAGGACUGAUCGAGAAAGUAACCUUCGAUUUUUGCAACAACCUCUAAUGAUUUGUGCCUCAUAUGCCCAGCAACACUUUUUCGGUUUCUAUAGAUUUCACAGUUUCAGAAAAAAAAUUAAGCCGCGGUUGUUCAUCCGUUCUCUAGAGCAAAAACCAAGUGAACCAGGAGGAGAAUCGUCCAUAAAAUGCUGUCCACGUUCCGAACUACUUAAUACCCUUACAAUUUUUUGAAACAACUGUAGUAAGACCACUUUUAUGCAUGUUCUGAAUUUUUAUCGGGCUAUAGUUCACUUGCUCUAGAGCUCUUUCCAACUGAUCAAAAUAUCUUAACAUUUUUUUCCCUAUUAAACGCUCGUGCUCUGCUAGAAGAGAUUUAUUCCUUCUAUAAUCACUAAAAACACUGAACACCAUCAAAUACCCUUACAGAUUUAAUUGUUGCUCACAGAGAACCCAAAUUCAGCGCCAUCUAGUGACAAAUCAAUAAGUACACUGUCUGGCUCUGGUACUUCAACCUUACUAUUUGCGAUGAUGUCAUAUUUAGGUAUUAAAAUUUAGUAAAACGACAAUUUUUUGUAAAAUUUAUCUUUAUAUCAAAAUUUAAGCUUAAAUUGUACUCUUAUAAGUUCAAAGCUCAAAUAAUACUGUAGUAAACUGUGUGAUUUGUAAUUUAAGAUCAUGUUAUAUGUCAUUUUUUUUUUAAUUUAUGGUGAACACUUUUAUACGUUUUAAUAAUUCAUUAAUUUGGUGUAUAUUUCGUUUUAUCGUCAUUUACACAAAAAAAAAAUAGGAAUUUUGGAUUGGUUUCGUUACCAAAUUAUUUUUAGAUGAAAUAGUUUAGUUGGUAAUUUUCUCUUUAUCGUUCUACUAUCAAAUCAUUUUAAACUCCAUCGCACAGAAUCCAAAAGACGUAACUUCAUAAAUAUGUCCAGUCGGUCAACUUAAACCACUUCUAUAAGUUAGUGGUUCGUAUCCGGUUCGAAGGACCAAACAAUUUAGUCUAAAACCACUUGUAUAAGUUAGUGGUUCAUACCAGGCUCGAAGGACCAACUAAUUUAGUCUACAACCACUUGUAUAAGUUAGUGGUUCAUACCCGGCUCGAAGGACCAAACAAUUUAGUUGUUAGUAUUAAUUUAGUGAUACUAAUCUAUUCAAUAAUAUUUCCAAAUCAUAUUAUAGGAUGAAUGAAGAUCAUUUUUGGUUUUAAGUUAAUAUUUUAGUGAUUUUGAUACUUUUACAAAUUAAUAACUGUUGGGGUACUUUUUCAAAUGAUGCGGAACGUAUUAUUCCGGUGAAAUGUAGUUUCAAAUUACUUUACGAAAGGAAAAAUUAUUUAUUUUAACAAAUUUAAUACUCGAUUUCAUUUGAGAAGUAGUAAAUAAUUGAAAAUUACUAAAAAAUAUUAUAUCGUAAUGCUUUUCGUAUUCAUGAACACUCUUUAUAUUCUUAAGGUGAAUACUGUCUCUUAUGUUCUCAAUUUAUUUAAACACUACACUUAACUAAUUAAUAUAAUUCACUUUCCACUAUCACUUAACUAAUUUAUUUAAAUUCUUUGAAUACUUGUCUAUUUCACUAUGAAUAUUUAUUAUAAACUAAACUAAACAAAAAACUAUAAGAAACAAUGUAAAUAAACCACCUGAUAUAAAAACAAAGAUCGAACGAAUUCCGAGUAUUUCAACAAAGACGGCGCCUUCGCCGAAUUCUUAGUUACCUGUGACGUGAAAUAUUUUUCUGAAAAUUAUUUCCUGUUCAAUUUAUUUGACAUAUUUGAAGUUACGUCUUAUGUACGUGAUCCGUUGUCGACUUUAUUUGUUUAAAAUGUUUUGUAACGAAAAGUUACGAGUGUGUUGUAAGGAACGAAAUGAUUGUAUUUACUAUUUUUCUUUUCAUAUUUUUAUAAAUACUUGUGAAUUUGAAGUUAUUAACCGUUAAAACCUAACAUGUUUUUAAUAAUCUUGAAUUUGUUUUCAUUAUAACCAAAAUUUUAUGUAGAAUAAUUAUUUUGUUUUGUCCUAUUUAGUAGAUGAUUAAGUUUUAGCGGGAAUGUUUUUUGUUUUGUCCUCACAAUACAUUUUCCUUUGUACAUUAGCGUUUUUUUCCUUUAAAUUGAGGAAAUAAAAACAAUUUGAUCUCAAAUUAUCUGAUUUGUGUAUAUUAAGAGUUGAAAAUUAAUUUUAGACACGCGGUUUUGAUUGGAAAAGCAAAUUAUGUACAGUAAAAGCAUAUUUUUAACCCUCUAAUAUUAAAAAAAAAGCCUGACGCCGUUUUUUUCCGAAUAUGACAUUUUAACUUAUUUUAAAAUAAUACAGCUUCCAAUUAUUUUCUAUUUAUUGUUUACGAUGCUUUUUUUGGACAUAAGGUAUAAUAUUUAAUUAGAAAAAAACAUAUUUGGUUGAAAAAACAGUUUCAAAGAUGCAGGAUUUUGUACAUUACAAAACACAGAAAUUUAUAAUGUUUUCGAUGUAAAUAUUGACCUGGAUUAUUUGUGAAUAAAGAAAUCUAUUUUUAUUUCUC